AUGGCUGAUGGUAGAGCACGACCACCAAAUCCCGCAACUGGUGGAAUAGGAACCUCGAGUAUUCACAAUAUGGCCUCGGGCUCGAGAUCGGUCGCCAUGGAUUCCGGUGAAAUUGUCUGGAUCAUUCAAGAAGGAAUUACAGAUGGCCUGCAACGGAAUGCUCAGGGGCUAAUAGGUUUCACCCCUAACACUCCAUUUACACCAGAGAUAUUGUCAUAUCCUUUGCCCGACAUAUUCAAAUAUACUCGCAUUAAAGAAUAUGAUGGUACGACCGACCCCAUCAACCAUCUCAAUGUAUACACCGAUGUCAUGAACUUGCAAGUUGCGCCGGAUCAGGUUAUGUGCAAAGCCUUUCCACAAACGCUGACUAAUGCUGCUCGGGAUUGGUUCUCAACAUUGGAGCCCAACUCCAUAGCCUCAUUCUUAGAUUUGGCUGAUAAGUUCUCAACCUUCUUUGUAAGUAGCAAACGAAUCAGGAAAAUCGCGGCCUCUCUCAUGCAACUUCGCCAGGGACCAACUGAAACCCUACGAGGAUUUAUAACAAGGUUCAACAAGGAAAGGCUUCAGAUACCCGACCUUCACAUCACAUCAGCUGUCUCCGCCCUCACUUACGCCGAAACACUAAAUCCAAGGAGACCUGGUCCUUCCCAUGAAAAGACCGAGAACAAGAGGCAACAUGAUCCCGUCCCCCGGCAUGAGCUUUCCCGGGAUAAGUGCAGGAACGAGGCGUCGUCAGCAGCUUUCACUCGGUUGGACACCUCUAAGACAAACAUCUUGAUGGAGGUUAAGGAUAUGAAGGAGUUAAAGUGGCUUUCAAGGAUAAAGUCAUCCCCUGACAUAAGAGAUAGGAGCAAGUAUUGCGAAUUUCACCGGGAUCAUGGGCAUAGUACAGAUGAUUGUCAUGCUUUACAGUGA